AUGGCCCUGGUGGCAAGUGUACAGCGCCUGGCGCCCCUGCUGAGCACCACGCUGACCUCCGAGCGGCCUCAAAUGCACAUCCAGCGUCGCCAUGCUGGCCUGGAGGUGCAGAGCCUACGCUUGAUGGAGGCCAGCAUAGAGGGCGAUGUGUUCACGGUGCCCGGUGGGCAUCCAGAGGGGCCCGGCCACAUCCGCAUCCCCGCAGGUGAAAUGGAGCAGCUCCUCAGGAAAGGUGGGUUUCUAAGCACCCACGUGGGGUCAGCCAUCAUCUCCUCUGAGGUAUGGGACGAAACCGGAGAGGUCAGCACAGCUGUGACCUUUCACCUGCAACAUGAGGCCCAGGCCUUCCCACAGAGACUGGUGGAACCUGUCUGUGCCUUCUGGAACUAUAGCAUCAGCCCAGACACCGGAGGCUCCUGGGCCACUACUGGCUGCUCUGUGGCCACCCUGUACCAGGACUCCACCGCCUGUUUCUGCAACCACAGCACCAACUUUGCUGUCCUGUUGCAGGUGUAUGACGUCCGGAGAAGCCCCGAGGAGGAGUCGCUGCUGAGGACGCUGUCGUUCGUGGGCUGCGGUGUGUCCUUCUGUGCCCUUGCCACCACUUUCUUGCUCUUCCUGGCAGCCGGGGUCCCCAGGUCAGAGCGAGCCACAGUCCACAAGAACCUGACCUUCUCCCUGGCCUCUGCCGAGGGCUUCCUCAUGGCCAGCGAGUGGGCAAAGGCCAACAAGGGGGCGUGUGUGGCCAUCACGGCUGGAAUGCAUCUCCUCUUUCUGGUGGCGUUCUCCUGGAUGUUGGUGGAGGGCCUGCUGCUGUGGAGCAAGGUGGUGGCCGUGCGCAUGCGCCCAGGCCCCAGGAUGACGCUCUACUACGCCACGGGCUGGGGUGUGCCUGUGGCCAUCGUGGCCAUCACCGUGGCCAGGUCCCCCCACGACUACAUGGCCCCUGGGCACUGCUGGCUCAAUGUGCACACGGACACCAUCUGGGCCUUUGUGGGGCCCGUGCUCUUCGUGCUGACUGCCAACACCUGCAUCCUGGUCCGUGUGGUGAUGGUCACUGUGGCCAGUGCCCGCCGCCGUGCCCGCAUGCUGAGUCCCCAGCCCUGCCUGCGGCAGCAGAUCAGGACCCAGAUAUGGGCCACCGUGAAGCCGGUGCUGGUCCUGCUGCCCGUCCUGGGCCUGACCUGGCUGGUCGGCAUGCUGGUGCACCUCAGCCCAGCCUGGGCCUAUGCCGCCGUGGGCCUCAAUUCCUUCCAGGGGCCAUACAUCUUCCUGGUCUAUGCUGCCUACAACGGGGAGGUCCGGAGCGCCCUGCAGAGGAUGACUGAGAAAAAGGUGACAGAGGCAUUCAUGGCUUGCUCCAGCCCCAUAGGCCCAGGGUCCCACCCUAGGUCCCUGGGUCCUUGGGAAGCACCUCAGGGCAACCCUGUAGCCUUGGCUCCAGCCCGAAGACACUUGGCUAUUAGAGAGACCCACAGCCCCAGGAUCCCCACAACCUUCUCCUCCAUCGCAGAACCCGAGAGACCGGCUGUGGAGCUGACAGCAUUCAAGGCAUCGGGUUUCUAGAAAGAGCGCCUGCAGACUUGAGUCCAAGCCUCUGAAAGGCCCAUCUGGGCCCCCCACAACCAGCGGGACAGAAGGCAACCUCCACCACCACCUACUGCCUCUGCCUCAGCAGCUCCUUUCUUGCAAUAGGACCCCGCCGCCCGGCUCCCCCACCUGUGCUGUGCUAACCCUGCGGUCCUGAAGCUCAGUCCCCCUAACUUUCCUGCCGACUGUUACCCCCUCGGACCCUCCCCACCUGCCGCGAAGUUCUGACAGCCCUGUGGUAUCUCUAGUAAUAAAGGAUACUGUUGUGGCCUU